GCCACAACCAGACAUCCAACAUCCACAAAUUAUCCCGAGGGAGGAUGUCCUCUGGUCUCCGUUCCUCUCCUUCGUUUCGCUGAACUCGAUGAAAACCGAAGCGAUUCAGUACCUAGAAUCGGAGAAGGACUAGGUAAUCCGAUGAUGAAGGAAGAAAAGAGGACUGAUUUGCACAACCCGGCGGAUUUCCACGUCAGGCUGUUCAACGGGUCUCAGGUGCUGAGCAGUUUAGGACCUUUGGCUUUGCACGCCCCUUUGUUCCAAUCGACUCCUCUUCUUCAAUGGUCCGCGGAGCAGAUGGGCAUCAACGUGUCUUCCGCGAUGAGCGCCAAGAAGAAAAAAGAGGACGAAUCUCCUUCGUCGCCAGCCGCGUCUCCUCCUCAGGAUAAAAGCAACUCUAGGGAGAAACUCUUUGUCUGCCGCAUCUGUAAUCAUUCCUUCGGAUAUAAACACGUGCUGCAAAACCACGAGAGGACUCACACGGGUGAGAAACCGUUCGAAUGCCCUCAGUGUCACAAGAGGUUUACUAGAGAUCACCACCUCAAGACGCACAUGCGGCUUCACACGGGAGAAAAGCCGUACCACUGUCCUCAUUGCGAGAGGAAUUUCGUGCAAGUAGCCAACCUGAGGCGGCACCUGAGGGUCCACACCGGCGAACGGCCCUACGCCUGUCAAGACUGUUCUUCCAAAUUUUCCGACAGCAACCAACUCAAAGCCCACAUCCUCAUCCACAGGGGUGAGAAGCCUUUCGAAUGUCUUCAAUGCAGGACGAAAUUCAGACGACGCCACCACCUCUAUCAUCACAAGUGUCACAACCGUCUCCAGGAGGAGGAGCCGGCGGCGAAAAAACGCGAAAGAAAGCCCAAAGAAGUCAGAAGGGUCCUUCGAGAACCGCCCAUCUACGUACCUCUCAUUCUACCGGAACAGACCGAACCCGAAGACCUAUCCAUGUCGACCGGACACAAAAACAACAACAACAAUAACAACAACAACAACAAUAACAACAGCAGCAGUACGACCGGCGAUUCAGAAGACGACCUCUCGGAUUCUUGGGAAGAAGGAUAUUUACCACCAAUGACGUAGUAAGAGCCUUUCGCCUUUAUAUUUUUUAUUUUUUAAAAAUUAUAAAAUAAUAUUAUAACAAAAAAAACGAUUACGGGUACUACCGAUUUAUUCGGUAUAGUCAAAACUAAGUUACUUUAUUUUUUAGAUUUUAUAAGUGAAGAUUGUAUAUAAUUUUCUUCUUUUUUUCAACUCCUGUUUUUUGUCGUUUUACUAUUAGAAAAGUGGAUUUUUGUUUUUGUUGAACGGACAGCCAGGCGUCUUUCUCAUUGCGUCUCUUCAAAACUGCGACAAUCGUUGAUUAUGAAAUUUUAAUGGUCUUAAAUUUAUGUACUUUUAAAAAAGCUUGAUGCUUUCUUUUCUUUUUAUUCGUUGUUAUCCAUUUCUACAUGUCUUCUUCAAUGCGCAGGAUUUUUUUCUAUUCUUAAAGAAUUAAAUUAAUUUUAAGUACCUUAAUUGUUUGUUGUUCUUCUAAUUCCACUAAGAACGUUUUCUCUCAAUGCCAAAUUAAUUUAUAAAUAACUUUUGAACUAUUUUCUUUUUUCCUGUUUUUCUAAAUUGUUUGAAAAUGUUUUCAAAAAUAAAUAUUUUUUGUUUUUAAAUUUACCCUUUGUUUGCCACUUACCUUAAGUGUUUUACGUGUUUUCUCUGCGUCUGCAUAACCCCUUCGCUUUUUGUCAUUUAAAUGGUGUGCUAUUUACGCUUCUUUUUUAUUUACUUUUUUUUUUGAGAAUUUGUCACUCUUGAAGAGUGAUUAUAAAUAAUCUGUUCUUGAUUCAAUCUUUGGAGACUUCGUGGGCUCCAGGGAAAUAGAGUCUUACGAGACAUUUAGAAAUUUCACCAACCCCAAAGAGGAAAGCGCACUGGGAAAAGUCUGGACAUUUGCUCAUCAAAAUAAACCCAAGAAAAUCGAGAUGUACAUAUAUAUUUGAUAUUGUAUACUGAAAAUGAAAAAAAAAACCGGCUCAAUUUUGGGCAUUUGGGAUGGAAACUAUCUUAUAAGCAAAUCCCCGAUGUUUUUUUCACUUGGACUUGUGAUCUUUACCAAUCCUGAUGUAAUAACCACGUUUUUAUCACUCAUAUUUUAAAUAUGGGCUAUUUUCAUUCGAAAGGAAGGAAAAUUGUAAAACAUAUGCAUGUUAAAUGUAAAA